AGCAUCGUAUACCGUUAACGCCAGUCUUCCAUUACAUUUCUUUCGCUAAUGCAGGAUGAAUUGUUCGAAACCUGAGUUGUGGAAAAACGCGGCAAUUUUUGGCGGUCUUCGACUUUGUCAUAUCAUUUAUGCUAAAUGACUUGGCCUGCUAAAUGCAACUGCUUUCUGCGUUUUCUGUGACGAAAUUUGAUUAACAUAUUUACCAGAAUGACAGAAAAUGAAACAAAACAGGCCUGCUUGAAGUUUAUAAAAUGUCUUAAGGAAAAAAACACAUUUCUCGAAUUUGACACACAUCUUAACAUAUUACAAGAAGAAGCUACCAAAAGAGGAUUAGAUGAUGAUGUGCUGAAUUCUCUUGUAGAUAUUAUUAUAAAUAAAAGUUUUCGUACUAGCCGACGGAUAUCUUUAAUAAAAUGUCUAAUCCCAAGAUAUAAGCUACCUGAGAAAAUAGCAAAAUCUAUGAUUAUCUGGUGUUUUUCCUCAUUGAAUGAAUUACCAAUUACUGUUUGUAUAAUUGUCAUAAAAUGGAUUAUAGGUUUAUGGGACUAUGAAUUAGUUGAUAGGAAAGUAAUCAACAUAUAUUAUGAUAUCUUUUUCUACACAAUGCUCAAGAAACCAAGACUGGAACGUGACAUAGCACGUCUCAUCUAUGUAUUGACAAAACCAGAGGAUGUCUCACGCAGAGAAGUUUCAAGAUUAUUAGCCCUUCAGAAAAAUUAUUCCAAGCCUCCUAAACAUAUCACUGCGUUACUUUCCUUAUUUAAGUCAUAUAAGCCAGAAUUGGUGCCUGAGAAAAUAGAUUCAGUGAAUAUAGAAAGUGUAUGGAAAUCGAUACCUGAGGUUGUACGACUGUCAUUGGAGGAAGCUAGAGAACGUGUGGACACUGUGGAGAUUCGAUCAUCACAACAGAGCGCGCAAACGCAUUUUAAUUGGAACAUAUUGCAGAAUCAAAAAGGUCAUAAGAAAAAAAGCACGCUCUUACCGUCUGUUGGAUAUUUUCACAUUGGUUCGAGUAUUUUCAAAGACAAAGAUGCAAAGUCAAUUUUUGACAUAAGCAGCACAGAAGAAUUGGGAAAAUAUCAUCAGAGUGUUGAAUUACCUUGUAAUGCUGUUUCACUUUUAUCAAAUAUGGCUGGCUACCAUCUUCUCACAUAUGCGGACUUGCAGUAUCAAAGCAGAUUCUCGUACAACCUCUAUAAUACACUUGCUAGAGCAUUUAUAUGGGAGAACGGAAAGUUUUCCAGUGAGGAAAUGGACAAAUUGCUUGCAAUGACAGCGGAGUUUUCUCGAUACAUGCAAGAGGGGAUACUUGUAAUUAAGCUGUUCUUCGAUGAAUAUUUGUAUUAUAAUACAGGAGAAUAUCUAUUGAGAUUGUUAGACUUGUUACAAUGGAUGACUAAUGUGUCCAUUGCCGAGUUGCGGGAGAAUAUUCUGAUGCAUGUACAAAAUAUAUUUUAUGAGUCGGACUUAUCUAUGAAGUGUGAGAUUAUCAAGUCUCUACGGAAACUAAUUGUAAAUUUGUUUGUUAGGCAAGGUCUUGAAGAACAUGUUACAUCGUCUUUUUUACAACAAGAUCCAUUAGAAAAUUUAGCAGAUGUUGUGCCUGUGAUUGCAGAAAUUAUGAAAAAUCUUAUCGUUAACGGAUUAAACAUACACAAUUACAACGUCUUACUAUUAUCGGAAGCUCUGACAUUUUACGAAGAGAUUUGCAUAUUAGAAAGUCGCAGUCGGAUACCGUCUUGGACACUGCCACCGUCAGCGGUUAUUUAUGGAGCAUUUAUUACAAAAAGCUGCGCUGUCCUGUCGAGAGUCUGCAGACUGUUAUUAAGAUAUCGCGAAAUGAGCCCGCGGUUACGUCACAUGAUGCCAUCGGACGUGUGUGAAGAAAGGAUUCAAGUUAUAUCUAUUUAUGCGAACGAUAUUCAUAGAGCGUUAUGGUAUAACGAGCCUUUCAGUGGCCGAAAGAACGGUGACUUUCUGAGAGGUCUUUCGAAGAAAGUAAUCGAUGAUUUCAAAGAUUGUGAUUUGGAUUCUUUACUGAAUAUUAGCAAUCAUUACGCUAUAUUAUCGUACAAAUAUACAUUGAGUAAAAUGGGCCUGAAUAUAAACACAAAAGAGGAUACUAUGGCUAUGGCCUUAUGUUAUUUUUCUGCAGUGAAUGAGUUCCUUGCUGCAUUUCAUGAGUGACUAAUGUAAGUAAUUUAAUACUCCCUUAGUCAAAAAGUUCCAGGCCAUGGCCAGUAAAAAACAAAAUAUUCAUUUAAAAAAUGUAUUCAGUAUAUUGUUCUUCAAUAUAAUCUCCUUCGAAAACCCAAUAAUCUGGUGCCAAUAUUUUUUCCACUCCUGGAAGCAACGCUGAUAUGCUGAUUCCAGUAUGGUUCUCGCAGCGAAUUCUGUCUUAUGUCUUCAACGUCUUCAAAUCGCUUUCCUUUCAGUGGUUUUUUGAGUUUUGGGAACAGAAUAAAGUCUGCCGGUGCUAUAUUCUCGGCCAUCGACGAACCGUUUAUACAAUUGCUUUGUCCUGGAUAGUAAUAGUGCUCUUUCACCAAGAGCUAUUUACAACAUCUUGAAGGAGGCUUCCGCAUCAUUUUUCUCUUUUUUUGAUAAAAUUUAAUGCAAAUUUUUUGCUCUUGUUUUUCAUUCAUCGUAAAAAUCGCUCAGGCGAGAAAACAUAACUUCUCAGAAAGGUAAACAGAACUAUUGAAUGCGUUAAGGAAAAUAGCAGAACUUUUUAUACGUGUCAGUUGAAAUGUCACCAAAUGUCAGUCAAAAUUCUAUCAAGAAAUUUACAAAAAAUCAUUAUGGUUCGUUCACGUUAAAUAAAUAAUGGCCUGGAACUUUUUGAUUAGGGGGGUGUUAUGUACGUACAUGCGUACGCGACACAUAUAUACACACACCAUUAAAUAAGCACACGUAAUCUUGCGAUGCAGGUUGAAGAAGAGUAUGCUAUUUACAUUCAAAUAGAUCCAACAUAUAUAACCAGUUUACCAAUAUUACUAAACAGUUAUACGAGAUAAUUAAAAUAAAUUAUUGAAAUUUUAUACACAAAAUUCACCUUAUCACGUGAUUUGUAAUUAUAUAAAACUUGAAUAUAUAUACAACAUUAAUUUCGAAGCAGUGAUAAUCUUUUUUUUUGUAUAGCAAUGAAACCAUUGCUAUAUUUAAUGCUAAUUUAUUGAAUGUUUGGUAAAAGUUUAUGUAAUAAACUUUAAUCAAACUUAAGCUGCACUCUUUUCUUCCUCUUUUAUAAAGGAAAAAAAAAUUCUUUCUUUAUCAGUUCACAAGACGUAAUAUAAAUAA